AUGAAGACCUGGACAAGAUGCAUCCUGCUUCUCCUGCUACAGCUGGUACCAGGGGCAUAUGGGGAUGUAUUGCCUUCAGUGUGUUGCCACUCCAGAGAUACUGGGAAGAUUGUGGGUGGCCAAAAUGCCCUGGAAGGACAGUGGCCUUGGCAGGUCAGCCUGUGGACCACCUCAGAGGGCCAUAUAUGUGGAGGCUCCCUCAUCCAUUCGGGCUGGGUGCUCACAGCUGCUCACUGCUUCCUUGGGUGGGUGGAGUUGGGAUUCUACCAUGUGAAGGUUGGAGGACUGACACUCUCCCUUCUGGAACCCCACUCCACCUUUGUGGCUGUGAGGAGCAUUCUUGUCUACCCUGGCUACAUCUGGGAGGAGAGGUCCAGUGGAGACAUUGCCUGGGUGCAGCUGGACAGCCCCCUGAAACCCUCCCAAUUCACCCCUGUCUGCCUCCCAGAAGCCCAAGUCUUCCUAACCCCAAGGACUCUCUGCUGGGGGUCCACCCAGGAGAGACUCCUAGUGAGCAUCCUCUAGGAGGUGGCUGUGCCUCUCCUGGACUCAGAGGAAUGUGAACUGAUGUACCAUCUUGGGGAGCCCAGCCUGACUGGGCAGCAGCUCAUCCAGUCAGACAUGCUUUGUGCCGGCUUUGUAGAGGGCCAGAAAGACUCCUGCCAGGGUAACUCUGGGGGGCCGCUGGUCUGUGCCAUCAACAGUUCCUGGGUCCAGGUUGGGGUCACCAGCUGGGGGUUUGGCUGUGCUUGGCCAUUCUGGCCUGGUGUCUACACACGAGUGCCGACCUACAUGAACUGGAUUCAGAGAACGUUGGCUGGGUACCACUCUGAUGACUCUGGGUCAUAUUCCAGAGUCCCUGAGUCACAUGAAAUACUGCUGCUUGUGCUGCUGAUAUUAGUCCUACCAGGGAUCUUGUGA